CCGGGUGGCGGGCGCCAGCGGCCGGAGGACGCCCGGCUGCGGGAGGCGGCUCCGCAGCGCCCAGACAGGGAAACCAAAGAAAACGGCUCCUCGUCCUCUCGUUUCGGGAUUUGAUUUGCAUCAUCUCUCUGAGCCCAUUUAAAACAAAAAAAAAAAAAGAAGAAAAGGCAAAGCAAACCCCCACAAAACAUGUUGUGCGGAAGGACUUCCACUCCCUGGCUGUGCUAUUAACGUUAGCAAUCAGGAAGAGCCUUUGGGGGCUGCAGGAUCUCGCUAGGCUGAUGCUGCUGCUAAAGGUUUUGGUGCAGGGAGACAAAACUGCUGCCUCUUCCAUCCACUGAUCUCUUCACAUCUGCAUUUUGCUGCUGCUGUGCUCCAAGCUCACACCCUCUCUCCAUGGACUGAUUAUUUUUUUAUUUUUACAUAUUUUUUUUUCCCCCCCUUUUUUUUUUUUGCGGGGUGGGAGGGGGGAGGACGAGCGGAAAAUCAAGGCAUCGCAUUGAGAGGAGCCAAAUUGCAUUUCUGUCUCGUGUUCUGGGGGAAUCUGUUUGGAGGUUAAUCUUUUUGGAAAAGAAAACAUGACGUCGCCAGCAAAAUUCAAAAAGGAUAAGGAGAUCAUAGCUGAAUAUGACACUCAAGUUAAAGAGAUCCGUGCCCAAUUGGUAGAGCAGCUGAAAUGCCUUGACCAGCAGUGUGAGCUUCGGGUCCAGUUACUGCAGGACUUGCAGGAUUUCUUCCGCAAGAAGGCAGAGAUUGAGAUGGAUUACUCAAGGAAUUUGGAGAAGUUGGCUGAGAGAUUCCUGGCUAAAACUAGGAGCACCAAAGACCAGCAAUUCAAGAAGGAUCAGAAUGUGCUAUCGCCGGUCAAUUGCUGGAAUCUCCUGCUCAAUCAGGUGAAGCGGGAGAGCAGGGACCACACCACCCUCAGCGACAUCUAUCUCAACAACAUCAUCCCACGCUUCGUGCAGGUCAGCGAAGACUCGGGGCGCCUCUUCAAGAAGAGCAAGGAAGUGGGAUUGCAGCUCCAGGAAGACUUGAUGAAGGUCUUGAAUGAACUCUACACGGUUAUGAAAACCUACCACAUGUACAACGCCGACAGCAUCAGUGCUCAGAGCAAACUGAAGGAGGCAGAGAAGCAGGAAGAAAAGCAGAUUGGGAAGUCGGUGAAGCAAGAGGACAAGCAGACACCCCGCUCCCCCGACUCAACAUCCAACGUCAAGUUUGAAGAAAAGCACGUUCGGCGAAGCUCUGUCAAAAAAAUAGAGAAAAUGAAGGAGAAGCGCCAAGCAAAGUACACAGAAAACAGACUGAAGGCUAUUAAGGCAAGAAACGAGUAUCUGCUGGCUCUGGAAGCCACCAACGCGUCUGUGUUCAAGUAUUACAUUCACGACCUGUCUGAUCUCAUUGAUCAGUGUUGUGACCUGGGGUACCACGCCAGCCUCAACAGAGCCCUCAGGACGUUCCUGUCAGCGGAGCUGAACCUGGAGCAGUCGAAGCACGAGGGGCUGGACGCCAUCGAGAACGCCGUGGAGAACCUGGAUGCCAACAGCGAUAAGCAGCGCCUGAUGGAGAUGUACAACAAUGUCUUCUGCCCACCCAUGAAGUUCGAGUUUCAGCCACACAUGGGUGAUAUGGAGUCCCAGCUCUGUGCCCAACAACCGGUCCAGAGCGAGUUAGUGCAGAGGUGCCAGCAGCUGCAGUCCCGCUUAUCGACGCUUAAGAUUGAAAACGAAGAGGUGAAGAAGACUAUGGAAGCUACUCUCCAGACAAUCCAGGACAUAGUGACGAUAGAGGACUUUGAUGUCUCCGACUGCUUUCAGUACAGCAACUCCAUGGAGUCUGUCAAAUCCACCGUCUCAGAAACGUUCAUGAGCAAACCCAGCAUCGCCAAGAGACGGGCCAACCAGCAGGAGACGGAGCAGUUCUACUUCACAAAAAUGAAGGAGUAUCUGGAAGGCAGGAACCUGAUAACAAAGCUCCAGGCCAAACACGACCUUCUGCAGAAGACCCUGGGAGAAAGUCAGCGGACAGACUGCUCCCUCGCCAGCGGCCGGCGCAGCUCCACCAUACGGAAGCAGGAUUCCUCGCAAGCCAUUCCCCUGGUGGUGGAGAGCUGCAUCCGCUUCAUUAGCAGACACGGUUUGCAGCAUGAAGGGAUAUUCCGAGUGUCUGGGUCACAGGUUGAAGUAAAUGACAUAAAAAACGCCUUUGAGAGAGGGGAAGAUCCGUUGGCUGGGGACCAGAAUGACCAUGACAUGGAUUCAAUAGCAGGAGUUCUGAAGCUCUAUUUUCGAGGGUUGGAGCAUCCUCUCUUCCCCAAGGAUAUCUUUCAUGAUCUGAUUGCCUGUGUCACAAUGGAUAAUUUACAAGAGAGGGCUCUCCACAUCCGGAAAGUGCUUCUGAACCUGCCGAAGACCACUCUGAUUGUCAUGAGAUACCUCUUUGCUUUCCUCAAUCAUUUAUCUCAGUUCAGUGAAGAGAACAUGAUGGAUCCCUACAAUUUAGCCAUCUGUUUUGGGCCAACGCUGAUGUCUGUGCCUGAAGGUCAUGAUCAAGUCUCCUGCCAAGCUCAUGUCAAUGAAUUGAUCAAAACUAUCAUCAUCCAACAUGAGAACAUCUUCCCAGGACCAAGAGAGCUGGAGGGUCCCGUCUAUAGCAGAGGUGGAAACACGGAGGAUUACUGUGAAAGUCCUCACGGAGAGAGAGCCUCAACGGAAGACUCGGUUCAGGACGCCGCGGCUGAGCACCACACCAGUGAUGAUGAGUGUGAGCCCAUAGAAGCGAUAGCGAAGUUCGACUACAUUGGCAGGACUGCACGAGAGCUCUCCUUUAAAAAAGGAGCUUCUCUCUUACUCUAUCAGCGGGCCUCAGAUGACUGGUGGGAGGGACGCCACAAUGGAAUUGACGGCCUUAUUCCUCAUCAGUAUAUCGUCGUUCAAGACACUGAGGAUGGUAUCUCUGAAAGAUCCAGUCCGAAGUCUGAAAUAGAAAUAAAUUCUGAGCCACCGGAAGAAAAAGUGACUGCCAGAGCUGGUGCCAGUUGCCCAAGUGGGGGUCACGUCGCAGAUAUUUACCUUGCGAACAUCAACAAGCAAAGAAAGAAACCAGAGUCAGGCAGCAUCAGAAGAGCCUUCCGUCAAAGUGACAGCCAUGGACUAGGUAGUUCAAUGGCAGAACCAGCCUCCCCAGGAGCCAUAGCCGGUUCCAGACCCUCAUCUCAGCCCAUUAUGAGCCAAAGUCUUCCUAAGGAGGUUCCAGAUAAAUGCUCCAUCAGUGGCCACGGCAGCCUCAAUUCUAUCAGCCGACACUCCUCCCUGAAGAACAGGAUAGACAGCCCGCAGAUCCGGAAAACUGUGACAGCAGGAAGGUCCAAGAGCUUCAACAACCACCGGCCCAUGGACCCUGAAGUUAUUGCACAGGAUAUCGAAGCGACUAUGAACUCUGCUCUGAACGAGCUGCGGGAGCUGGAGAGGCAGAGCAGCGUCAAGCACACGCCAGAUGUUGUCCUCGACACCCUGGAGCCUUUGAAGACAUCUCCAGUGGUGGCCCCAACCUCGGAACCUUCCAGCCCUCUGCACACUCAGAUCCUCAAGGACUCUGAGCCCGCUUUCCAGCGCAGCGCCAGCACGGCCGGCGACAUCCCCUGCACCUUCCGCCCGGUCAAAUCCAUCAAAAUGGCCACCCAGGUCAAACCUCCUGCCACUCGGCCCAAACCCACAGUUUUCCCCAAAACGAACGCCACGAGCCCCGGCGUUGCCUCCUCUGCGUCUCAGCAGCCUCCUGACAAGUCCUGUACUGUCUGAUAAACUCCCUGCUGCUCCGUGGUUAGAACUCUGUUGUUGCAGAUGAAGAGACUUCUGUUAAAAGACAUUAAAAUCCCUAUUUAACUACAUUUUUUUUUUUUUUUGGGAACUUCUGCUGAAGGUUAGGUGUGAACUGCUACUCGCUGCCGGGAGCCUUUCCUGGCAGGAAAAACUGAGUGGUAACGACCUCGUCCCAUUGAACCCACGUCAGGGAUGUUCUCCAGGCAAAACAGCCAGUGGAAGACCCAGCGUUGGGUCACUGUGAAGCCGAGGAGGAGGAGGAGGAGGAGAACACAGGACGAGCCAGGAGCUGGGUCUCGGUUUCUAGUCGAUGCCUUGUUUCAAGUGUUUGGCCACCGAAAGAAAGACAAACCUUCGGUGGCGUCCCGUUUCGAGUACUGGUGUAGUGACUUCUAUAUUCUGUGUUUCAUUUACCACAGGGAAACAAUAGGAUAGAUUUUAGUCUAUUGCAUGUUUUGGUGCCACUGGUUACGUGGAGCUUGGACAUGCCUGUUUCUUGUGCAUUAUGAUUAUAAUUAUUAUUAAGUCGCCCGCUGGUGCCACGGUGGUUAAGGGUCUGUCUCGACUUCCAUCACAUCCUCUGGUUUUGUUUGUUUGCUCCCCAACCCGUCCUUCCCCCCCCGAGGCCAAAUCCAGCCUCGUCCUUUAGUUGACACUUGUCAUGAAAAAAUAGUUUACUCUGGAACACUCUUAGAUUUUGUGGAGUUAUACGUAAUAUGUGUCUGUGCAAAUAUAAACAAACAUGUUCCUGAGGUUUAGGAGCAUAAGAAAGAGCCCAGUUGUUGCUUAUGGACAAUCUAGCUGUUUUUUUCCCCCUUUUUGCUCUCCCAUAUUUAAAAAACAGCUUUGUUGUUUUUCAGUGUAAUUUUCAGCCCGUGGGCUGUGAUGUGGUGUGUGUGGUCUCGGGAGACUGAAUGUACAAAACAAGCUGAUUUCUGCAAACUCCGGCGCGCUCUGACGGGACUCCAUUUCCUAACGCACACGUUUUCAUCCUGCGCCGAGAUGGAUCCUGACCAAAACCCCCCCCUCCCUUUACAAGCACUGUUUAAAAAAAAAAAAAACACAACAAAACUCCAGUGGGAAGUUCUCAAGCUUUGUACCUUCUCCCUCUUUCUGGUUGCCAACGCUCCGGUCGGUGGCUGCGAGCGGCUUUUCGGGAUCUCCGCUCUUAUAGAGCGCUGCGGGAUCGGCUGCUGGGGACGGGGACCUGACGGCCUGUGUGGCUCCUGGAGCAGCUUCUCCCCAUGGACAGAGCAGCCUCCGAAUCACUCCACAGAUGGGAAUAAAUUCUUAGUAUUUGUAUUUAUCUGGUAGGCAGCGAAUGCUUCAGCCGCUCGCGGGCUGCAUGAACUCUUUUGUACUCUACUGAGAAUUUUCCGCAUUUAUUUAAUUUAAAAAAAACAAAAUACAAGAGAAGGCAUGUGCCCCUUACAAUGAUAAAGAAGAUCUCCUGGUCCUGCAGGAGAGGAGGCUCUGGCUGACCCUCAGUUCACCUCCUCCCCGAACUUUUCUGGGAUGUAAAAACAAGCUGCACAUCUUACUUUUUCCAUCGAAUAAAUUCAGACAAGGACAAGAUAAGGAAAGUCAUUUUCCUCUCCCGUUUCGCUGAGUUUCUUUUCAGUUUGUGGGUCUCUCACACGUAGCUUCCUUGUGACUGCAAUGUCCGUUUUAAUUGGCUCAUAGCAAUUGAAAAAGAAGAGGUAGAGCUUGUGUUUCUGAGAAGGGUUUCUUCGAUGGACUUUUGUGCUUCGUUGAGGAUGUUACUCGGAGAAAUGAGCAGGGAUUUACUGCAGCCCCACGCACACCCCCCUCCCUGCGGAUGGACUGGAUCCGUUUUCAUGAUGCUUUUUGAAAAGACCAACUUUCUCUGUGCCCUAAAUGAAGAACAUAGGAAAACUGGGGACUGCCUGGAAGAUUUUGGUGAGAACACUCCUAUUUCUGGUUCCUCAGCCCACGGGAGGCAGCAGUUCCCCCGGGCAGCCCCGCGGUACGUGUGUGACUGUCACCUUCCCCUGCUCCCCAGCAGUGCGACCAGCCACCUUUGCUCUCAGGUUCUGAUGGACUCCUACCACCAAGGAAUCACUUGUUCUUUUGGGAAAAAAUAGAAUUAAACUUGCAAUUUUUUUGCUCAGGCGGAACUUUCUGGCAUUUACUUUAAGUAGGGAGUUUUUUGGGUUUGUUUUCUUUUCGGUCACGAACGACCAAAGUUAAUCUGUGUCAAGAGCAGGAUCUCUGUAACUUUUCUUCGACUCAUUUGUAAUGCCUUAUUUUCUUUAUAUUUUUAUGCCUAGCAUUCACGUUUCUAAGAAUAAGUGUCCAGCCACGCACAGCAAAUUUGGAGGAGAUGCUCUUUUCUGUCUUUGAGGACUGAAGUAGGAAUGAGAGCUAAAAAAAGAGCUAAAAAAAUAAUAAUAAAAAAAAGACUUUCAGGUUUACUGUAACAGCAAGUGUCUGUAUGGGAGUUACUGUGCUCAGCUCCAGCAUCCCCAGCUCUGGGACAGCCCAGGGAGUAUCCGAGUGGGAUCUGACCUGUCUAUGGAGCAACUCAACUGGAAUUCUGGUGUGCACUGUGAUUGACACUUAACACUUCCAGCAAGCAAUACGGCAGGCUCAAGGGUCGUCCUUCCUCUUCCUCGUGCUCCGGGUCUGCCCAGCCAGCAGAGAGCUCACACGCACACACUCACGGGAGAAUUAAAACAAAAAUAACAAAAAAAAAAGGAAAUUUGAAGCUUGUCUGCUUCGCUCUGUGAACAUACGAGGCCGAGAGAACGGUUGCCACGAGGGUUUUUUGGACCACGUUGCAGGGGAGGUGGGAAGGAGGAACUGGACUCCCUGCAAAACCAGUGGGUGUCUGGCUGGUGGGAGAGAGGACGCAGAGCGGAGCAGGACGGCGGUGGUUUGGGGAGGUAUCGGUGUUACUUCAUAUCUUCAUACUCAGAAGAAAUAUUAGCUCUUCCAUGGAAACUCUCGUUCAUGACUUUUAUGUAAUGUUUGUGUCAAAAAUCUAAAAGACAAGAGGUGUUUGAUAACUGGAAUAACGUCUGUCUGUUUGAUAGUGCUUUGUAUGAACAAAGGAUCCUUGUUCAUCGGAUGUUGGAUUGAAAAAAUCCAAAGCAAAACUUUUAAAAUAAAAUCCGAUUUUAGGUGAUCAAUCGUAA